AUGCCGCGUUCCUUUCUGGUGAAGAAGCAUUUCUCGGCCAGCAAGAAACCCAACUACAGCGAGUUGGAGAGUCAGACCGUGAUCGUGUCGCCCUUUCUGUACGAGAAGUGCCCCCUGUCCCUCAUCCCCCAGCCGGAGGUCCUGAGCCCGGGGGCCUACUACCCCCCGCUUGUGUGGGACACGGGGCUGCUCUCCAACUUCUUCACCUCGGAGACGGAAUACAAGACAUGCGCCGCUUCCCCCAGCCCAGAGUCCAAGCCCCUAGACCUGACCUCCCUGUCCAGCGAGGAGGAUGAAGGCAAGACCUCUGACCCGCCCAGCCCGGCCUCUUCUGCCACCGAGGCGGAGAAAUUCCAGUGUAGUCAAUGCAACAAGUCCUACUCCACCUUUGCCGGCCUUUCCAAGCACAAACAAUUGCACUGUGAUUCCCAGACCAGGAAAUCUUUUAGCUGCAAGUACUGUGAGAAGGAGUACGUGAGCCUGGGGGCUCUCAAGAUGCACAUCCGAAGCCAUACCCUGCCCUGCGUGUGUAAAAUCUGCGGCAAGGCUUUCUCCAGGCCCUGGCUCCUGCAGGGCCACAUCAGAACCCACACAGGUGAAAAGCCUUUUUCCUGUACACACUGCAAUAGGGCCUUUGCUGACCGCUCUAAUCUCCGAGCCCACCUGCAGACUCAUUCAGAUGUAAAGAAGUAUCAAUGCAAAACCUGCUCCCGGACUUUCUCCCGAAUGUCACUACUUCACAAACAUGAAGAAACGGGCUGCUCUGGAACUCGCUAA